AUGGACGCUGCGAACAAAACGGAUGGCGAAACAACUACGACACACGCGAAUUCACAAGAGCCGUCACGGAGCAAAAGCCGCAAGAGGAGCAAGUCGCGUGAUGGCAAGCUUCGACCAGCCUCAAGCAGUGACGACGGACCUGUAAAGAGUCAAGAGAGGCAGAGUUCCACCAGUACUCGGAAGAAGUCACGGAAGAGCCUCGACAAAGGUUCGCGAGAAGCUGAAAGGCCUCCAGAAGCAGCCGCUGUUGCUCUUGCGGCGCUGCCUUCCUCCUCCGCGUCUACUAGUCAGCAGGCACAUAAACUUGGUGCGGCCGACCGUCCUCCCCCUGCACGAGAAGGCCCUUCCGCGGCACAACAUGGCGGCGCCGUACCAGUGGUCAACGAAAGAAAACCAGGCAGAGCAUUUCUGGGAGCUGUGGUGACCACCGUCGCUAUUUUUCUGGGCCUCGUCGCAGCGCUGGUGGGCAUCGUGCUCAGUGCACCAUCGCAGGACGUCGAAGUCAUUUGCCUACCGCCCGACAAGCCUUUCCCGGAGGGCACUGUCAUGGUGGCGAGCAAGGGAGGAGGCCGUCUGCUCGGCCGCACAGUGACCGUGGACGGCGUGUCACUGAAUCGUUUCCUGGGAGUCCCGUUCGCUCAGAGCACGUCAGGCGUUCGCCGGUUCUUGGUGCCGCUGCCCAUGGGUGCCCCUCAAGACCCAUGCAUGGUGCGGGAGUGUCUCGAGCCACUGCUGCCGUGCGCCCAGUGGUACAACGGCAGUGUGCACGGCUCCGAGGACUGUCUGCAAAUGAACGUGUGGACGCCCACCUCCGCAACAGGAGGCGAUGGCAGGGGUGGAGGCAGACCCGUAGUGGUAGCGGUCUCAGGGAACUGGUUCGAGACAGGCUCCAACGACGAUCCCGACUGGCCACAGCUGGCUGCCAAGGGAGACGUGGUUGUGAUGGCGCCCAACCAUCGACAAGGCGUGCUGGGCUUCCUGCACCCACCUCCGGUGCCCGGCGUGGUUCAAGACCCGGCCGUUGACGACGUUGUUGCUGCCGUGCUAUGGGCGCGCGACAAUGCCGAGACCUUUGGCGCCGAUCCAAAACAGCUGGUGUUGGUAGGCCGUGGCUCGGGUGCCUACCUGCUGUCCAUGGCUUCCAACAGCUUGCCUACCGACACGGCACUCCGGGCAUUCUACCAUGGCAUUGUCUACGGAUCGCUGCUCCCACUCGAUCCGGCAGACAGGAAAGAGCCGUACCGUAGCCUGGCAUGGGCGGUGCAACGUCAACGUCCAUGCAACAUCACCGCGGCCGAAGAGGUGAACGUGUCCACGUUGCUGCCGUGCUUCCGCGCCGCGUCUAUCGACGUCCUGGUGCGCGCGGCGCGAGAAUUUUCCGAUUUGCCGCUGCGGUUCGCGCCACGCGUGGACAUCCAGGUUCUGCAGGCGAAUCCUGCCGGUCGGACUCGCACAGUCAUCGUGGGAUCCGACAUGGCCGAAGCCCGGGAGUUUUUCAUGCAGCGUAUUUUACCAGUUGCAAAGCGAGAUGGCAACGCUUCAACAACGGAGGCGCUUCUAGACUACACGCUGAAUGUGUUCAACAUCCCCGUCUUUGUGAAGUCGCUCCUCAGGGGGCGACUCAGCGUCACCAGCGUGGAAGAAUUGGCGUGCAAAUUGCCGCUGGUAAUCUCCACGUGUGCGACGCUUCGCGUUGCCAAGGCCGCUGUCCAGGGCUACCACUACGUCCUCGAUUCGAACGUGUCCAGCAGGUACCUGCAGCCACCCAUGGAUCUCCCGCAGCUGGCGCAGUUUGUUAGCCACGGCGCCGUGCCUCCGCUGCCCGACAAGAGUCCGUGGCUGCCCCUGAGCAAGCUUGGCAAGACGCGCCUCAUCAACAAGGAUGGCAACGAGAACUUGACUAGUUUUGAUGCCGAUUGCAAGUUUUGA